UUUACAGUGUCUCGUGCUCAGUGUUAGUUAAUAGUUCAUCGGAAACGACCGCAUGAUGUACUUGCGCACGUUGUUGGUUUAAGUCGUCUGUUUUCAUGAUCGGUUUCUGUUAUAUUAUUUUGAAUUGUAUAAAAAAAGCAAAUAAAUGUGAAUUUUGCUAGCUCGUCAUGUGCGGUUUACAAAUCAAACAUUUGUGACAAGACGGAUAUAAACUUAAAGAAAAUGAAAAAGCUAAUUUGGACAUUACUCAGCUGCGUAUUAGCAUCUCUUUUAAUCGUCAAUGUGAACUGCGGCGAAGGAGAGCAUAAUACAUACAUGCAAGGUUUUCUCUACGCCCAAGAAGAAUCAGCUCAUGAUCAACCGUCAUUCGAUGUAGAAACCGGCGACGGCGACGGCGACGAAGAAGAACUAGAAGAAACCGGUAUUGACGAGGCUUCAUCCGAAAUCGUUGAGAGUCAUGUGCCGUUCCCGUCAGACCAAGCCCAAGGGAGUGAUGCCGAGGCUCAAACGCCUCCGAGAAAAACCCGCAGAAAGAGACGGCGCCGGCGUAAACGACCGAGGACUUCGACGCACGUGUAUGAAGAGCAAGACCCAACUGCAGAGUCAUCAGCUCGCUUCCAAGAACCACCAGCAGAAGGGGAUUACGUAGAUGGCGUAUACGUGAGAAGAAGACCGAUGAAGAGGCGAAGGCGACCAGUAAACAGGAGACCCGUGUACGACGAACUAGAAAGUGAGGACGUUUUGCCCCGCAGGAAACAGUUAAGGAGACCAAGUGCCAACAGAACCGACGAAGAGCAAGUUGCAAACCAACACUGGGAUCCGAUAACGUCGACAGAAGAGGCAAAGUGGAAACCGUUAAAGACCACUACGACGGAAAGUUCACGGACAACCUUGACUAAACCUACAACAACACACAGAAUUAUUACGUUUUCACCGACAACGCAACAGAGCUACGUGGAAGAAACAACUAAAACAUCAGCCGGUAGAGACACAAAAAAAUCAAAUUCGACCCGACCCGACAUGGUGGUGGUUCAUAGGAGACCGGUCGCCAGUAACUUACCGCCUACUUCAGCGAUAAUAAGAAGACGUCUAAAGCCUACAAAUACGUCUUCCGAAGAUAUUACUACAACUACCAUUAUAACUACCACCACUACCACUUCGACUACUACUAUGAAACCGAACAUUCUUUUGAUCAAAGAAGAAGUGCCUUUGGAGCUGCUUCCGCCGGGUUUUAUCAAGCCAGAGCAAACUACUCGCAAGGAAACCGCCGCCGACGACGAGUACGAGUUCGACGACGAAGCGUUAUCGAAAAUGAUUAAUCAACAGCCAAAGGACAGAAAGGAGGAGCUGAAAUUCAAAUCCGACAGCAUUCCCAAAGUUAAAGACGAAAUAUUGACCUUGUUGAAAACCAAGACCGGCUCGUCGUUGCUGUCAAAUAUACUCAACCUGAGAAAUAUGUCUUUGGAACAACUUUUGCAGCACAGAGAGCGAGGAUCAAGUCAAAGACAUCAGCAAUUGCUGGACGACCGUCAAACGACAAUCACAAGUACCGAACCGACGGUUGUGGAAGAAAACGCGAAAAACUUUACAAACUAUUUGAUAGAGACCAAAUUAUUAGCACAAAAAGACCGCGUCACCUUAGGAGGACUGGUGGGUGCACAGUCCACGGAAAACCCGUUAUUGACAUACAAAACCAAAACGACGAAAGAUCACUAUGUGACCAUCUACAAAGAAGAGCGCGUAAAAGAUGGGACAAUCGCCGGGACAAAAGACGAUGACGAUGACGUUGAAACGAUAAACAAUGGACAACGUGUGAAAAAAAUGGACUUCCCUACGACCACGACAUUCACUACUUCGUUAGACGGUGACACUUCAUACGUGUCGAAAGGUCCUAAGUCGCGAAUAAUUUCCGUAAUACCGGACAGAGAACCGCGGCUCUUCGAAAGCAUGCCAGACUUUUCGACUAAAGCCACCACAGUCAGGCCAUUGGUAACACCAACGGUUCCGUCCCAAAUAUUGUUCAUCCAAGACACUAAUCAUAUAGAUAAGUCUUUGCUACAAGGCGACAAAGAAAUUAACGAGGAGGGCUUGGAAUACCGCCGUUUUGAAAUGAGGAAAUUACCAGCGGCUGUGAAGUCGGCGAUCAUAGCCAGUGCGGCCAUACUGGCUAUAGCAGUCUUGGGAUUUUUCGUGUUGCUCGUUUCGUGUAGAAUGAGACAGAAAAAGAGAGUGUUGAGAAAGAACUCGGUAUACUGCAAACACAAUAUCCAUUCUGAUCCGGAUCUCAGGUCCAGCGCUCGUAGCACGAGUCCGGUAAUGGACAAACCCUAUCACGAUCAAUACUACGAUGGAUACGGUGACCGCAUUGACGAUCGUAUGACAGCUAAUCGCCAAUACUAUUUAUGGAGAACGUUAAGAAGGACUUUCCGUUACGACUGACCAUAAUAUAGUUGUUUAAGCAUUAAUCGUAUUAUUGUUGUUAAUGUGAUCCAUUCUUAUGAUGAAUUUUAAAUUAUUAUUGAUAUUGUGAGGUACAAUUAUUCAAAAAUAUUAUCGUGCAAUUUAUGUUAAAUAGAUAUAUAAUGAUUAAGUUGA